AGCCGCAUUUCGACCUAUUCGAUUUUCUGGCAACAUGUAGCUUGCGGUAUAGAAGCACGUCGCACACAGUCUUUACAUCGACGCAACACUAAACGACAGAAACAAAUCUUCUUGAUGCAUGCUACGAGUCGAUUGUUGUUGCUUUUUGUGGUACAUCAUUUUUCGACAAAAUCGGUUGUGUUGAUCAGUGUGGGCAUUAUCCAACAGCCAGCGGAUCGGUGCGACGUUUGUAGAACAACAUGGAAUGGAAUAUAGAAAGAACGACGUCAUUUAUUGACGAUUAUCAUAAUUCACCCGAAUUAUGGAACAACAAAAUACUUCAAUACAAAGACAUCCACAUCAAAAAGGAUAAGUUGAAGCAGCUUGCAGCUAAAUACAACUGUACGGUGGCUGACGUGAAAAACAAAAUAAAAAAUUUACGCACUGCAUUCCAUCGCGAGCGCAAAAAGGUGCAACAGAAAAAGAGUGGCUCUUCUCCGGGUAAACAAACUAAAUGGUUUGCUUAUGAGCCAUUGAGUUUUUUACUGGACGUGGACAUACCCAAAUCAACAAUAUCAACUGCUGGGAGUGAUGAAGAGAACUUUGAGGAAGAACAACAUCAACAUGAUCAAGCGGACCUACAGGAAGUAAACAACAAACGUGAAGAGGAGCGUCAAAAGUAUAUUGCCCCUAAAAGAAAACGGAAGAAUUCACCUAUUUCGGAUCGCGAAGAGGAGGCAUACAGUAUUUUGAAAAAUGCAUGUCAAAGAGAUGAGUGCUCAAUUUAUGGAGAAUAUGUGGCUAAUGAACUGCGAAAGUUAAGCUCUGUAGAGAGAACAAUUACUCAGCACAACAUAAAUAACGCAUUAUUUGAAGCGGGUAUACGCAGACUUGAUGAACUUGAUCAAGCUAGUACACCUGUUUGCAAUUCUGAAAGUAAUUGUUUCACUGUUCUAUCUUCCGAGACCGAGUAUGUACCAACUAUUACAAGCGCACCUUUGAGUACACAACUUCACAGCAACUGUAGUUACACUAUUGUAUCCCCAGAGCCAUCUACAUCCACAUUGUCCCAAUCUCAAAAAAAUACCAAAUAACUGAUAUGUUGGACGUUCUUGUACAUUCUGAGUUCUUAAUUAUUAGAUCGAAAAAAAAACUAAAAUUUGUACUAGAACAAUAAAUCUUGUUAUAAUUUCAGUAUAACCAUAUUGUAUAAAUAUACGAUUUGUAAAAAAUAAAACUAGUUUCCUA